AUGGAACCGACUAUUCAGAGCAUCUCAAAUGCCCCUACCGCAGUUCAGGAUAAAAAGCAGGGGUUAUGGACCUGUGAGAUAUGCAACCAUCCCAUGGAAGAAAGGUCCCAACAGAGCCAUUUGGCAGGCAAGAAACAUAAGGCAAAGGCCGGAAAAAUUGAACAGCCGAGCGAUGAAAACUCCUCCAGCGUCCAUGGAAAUCUAAUGGAAUUUGGAUCUCCAAAAACCGGAGCUCCAGCGGGAGAAGUAAUAACGGGCCCUGUCAAACUUUCGUAUCUGAGGAUGAAAGAACAAAUGGAGUUAUAUGGUGGCUUUGCAACCAAAACAAUUACAACCAAUUUUAAGACGCCCAGCGGAAAGGAAGACUCCGCCCGUGAUACACGAGCUGUAUACCCACAAACAGAAUUACAUGGCGAGGAGCGGGAAGGUGACGAAAAUAGUAACUCGACCACUACAGAUAUCCCGUUGGCAAAAACAUCCUCACUUCAGCUCCGGAAAAAGCCCGGUUUACAUAUUGCCCCUCUGACAGAUCGGGAUAUCCCUUUUACACCCCCGGCUGCAGCUUUAGUAUCAUUGAAAGAAGCUCGACAGAUUCAAGAUUUUAAGAGCCUAAACUACCCCGCCGAUAUUUUGUCACCAGGCCUGUCUCAACACUCUGCUGGGAAUUUUAAAUACAAUAAAGAUUUUUUGAUGCAGUUUGAGAAUAUUUUUACGGAGAAACCUUUGAAUUGGGACAAAAAGGUAUACGGACUUUUCGGGGAUGGAGCACCCUUGACGGAGGCCGCUCGCACUGCACUUGGUCUUACUGCCUUGUCUAGUACAAUCAAAAAACCCCGUACAAGUUCGGUAGCUGGCCAACCUCUAAAUAUGAUGACUUCAUUGCAGAGAUUUGAGCUUUCUAGAGCCGGGCGGAGACCUGAGACAGGAACCAGUGCCACUCGCUCUGGGAGAGAUUUUGUUCGAAAAGGGCCAGAAAGCUCACUGAAGAGCUCAGAGCCCAAUAAGUCUAGAUCUAGACCCGGUAAUCGUUCUUCACGGAGAGUUUGGCUCCGGGAGAAUGGGGAGAACGCUAUCGAUGGGAUCACCGAGCCUGAACAAGGAGAUAUUACAAACUCGGCCCCACCAACCGCCGACUUUGGAAGCUUCCCCAACAAUAACAGUUCCGAACGUGAAAUCACUCCUAUACCCGACAACCCACCUUAUACUGCCCACAUCGGUAAUCUUAGCUUUGAUAUCGAAGCCCAAGAGAUCUCGGAUUUGUUCUGGGGGUGCGACUUUAAAACGGUGAGGCUUGUUCGGGAUAAACUAAAUGAUCGCCUCAAAGGCUUUGGUUACGUCGAGUUCAACACCAAGGAGGGCCUGAUUGCAGCCACAGAGCUUAAUGGAGUCAACGUCUGCGGUAGAAAUAUUAGAGUUAGCAUUGCAAGACCACCAAAAACAACCCAGGCAGAUCAGCGUCAUGCCGCCGGAAGAUGGAGAGAUCCAGAAUCAACAAAUUUGGAAUCUCUGGUAAAUCAAACACCGAUAGAUCAUUUAUCAGUCGUGGCGAGAGCACUUGAGGAAAGUGUAGGAAUACGGAGACUCAGCGUAGUAGAAAAGCCUCCGGUAGACCGCAUUGGAGGAUGGAGGAAUACAACACUGGAGAAAAAAGCGCCCCCAAAAGAAAUAACACCGAAAUGGGAUUGUGUGAGCUGUGGUAUUUCGAUUGCUCUAGAUAAAAAAGAUAUCCAUCUUUUGAGGCAUGCUGCGAGACUUAAGAAACAGCAGCAACAGGGAUUAGGGAGUAACUCAAACAUCCGGAAGGAUGAACGGCGCCGAUCUUCGCUGAUACGUGGCGAGACCGCCGAAGAAAGUGAUAUUGAUAUCUGGGGCGGAAACCCAAGCGAUGAAACGUUCAGUAACUGUGAUUGGGAGUCUUAG